AAAUCGUAAUCGCAAACACAAGAGGAGGGAAAGGCUAGAAAGUGGAGAGUUGUCCUGGAUAUCGGCUGGAAGAUACAGUGGCGCUAGUGUAGAGCCUUGACAGUGACUUUGCGCGCAACGGCACCGCGCACACAACGUCAGCUGAUAACAGCGGUAUCAGUCAGUGCUGCCAACAUAGCGGCGACACACGCUACCAACCAACCACCACACACUCAGUCAUGUUCACACCCUUAGAGAAGGUCGGCGUCGUCUGCCUCUCCAUCCUCGGCUUCCAGAUAGCCCGAGCAGUCAUCAAGAGGGUGUACAACGCCUUUCUCGCUCCAGCAUUCAGCCUAAAUGUCAACUUCAAGGAGAUGGGGCAGUGGGCAGUUGUUACUGGGGCAACAGAUGGACUUGGAAAAGCAUUUGCUGAAGCGUUGGCGAAGAAAGGACUGGAUGUGGUUCUCAUUAGUAGGACAAAAUCAAAAUUGGAUGCCGUAUCACAGGAAAUACGUGACAACUAUAAAGUGAACGUGAAGGUGAUCGAGGCUGAUUUCACUGAGGGGAACACUGUCUACCACCACAUAGAGAAGGAACUAUAUGGCAUGGACAUCGGGGUGUUGGUGAACAAUGUGGGUCUUAGCUACCCCCACCCUGACUACUUCCUUUCCCUCAACGAAGGCAGCAAGGUGUAUCAUGACAUCAUCCAGUGCAACAUUGCUGCCAUGUUGUCCAUGUGUCAGAUCGUCAUGCCACAUAUGUGUGAGCAGAAGCGAGGUGUAGUCAUCAACAUCGGCUCUACUGCCGGGGACAUCCCUAGCCCUAUGUUGGCUGUGUAUGGUGCAUCCAAGGUGUUUGUGUCCAAAUUCAGCAGGGAUCUGUCGUCGGAGUACAAGCGCUACGGCAUCACAGUGCAGUGUCUGACCCCGGGCUACGUAGCCACUAAGAUGUCCAAGAUCAAGAAGCCCACAUGGAUGGCCCCUUCCCCUGGCAAGUACGUCAGCUCUGCUCUGCGCACCGUUGGCAUUGAGGAACACACUACUGGCUACUUCCCCCACUCCCUGCUGGUGGGUGUUAUCAAAACAAUGGAAUCUCUCUCUCCCGCCUUCGCCUACUGGAUGAUAACCAGAACUAUGGAAAACAUCAAGUCUAGAGCUGUCAGGAAGAGUAAUGCUGCUGUGUCCUAAAGAAACUGGAUUCAGCAUAAACUGUUCACUGGAAGGUUCACACCACCCUCACAAGAACCAUUGUAUUGAUGAGAUAUUCAGUGAACCUAUUAUUUAUUCAUGUUAAACAAACUAACUAUAAAAGCCAUUCCAAAAGGGCAUAAUAUAGUGCCAUAGACAUACGCCCACCUUAAAUAAUUUUUAUUUAAAAAUUGAAAGUGUUAUUUGUUUGUUUGCUAAUUUUUGUUCUAUAAUAUAAAAACUGUUUUUUGUAGCUAUUUGGUUGGUUGUGUAUUGCAAGUUAACUGUAACUUAUUAUGUACCUAUGAUUGAUUUUGUAUAUUUUGUAUAAAUAAAUACUUUGGUAUUUUAAAA